AAGAUCCGGGCGGGGAGGGAGGCGCGGCCCCGCGUCCUAGGGCCCCGUGGGCUGCCCCUCCCCGAGCAAACCUUUUCUCGGAGAUGUUGAUUGCGGUGGCUGGGCCGACCCGGGGGAUGGGCGGGGGAGGGGACGGAGGGGCCCGGGCCCAAGUUCGCGCCUCCCUCCCCAUCCCAUGGCCAGCGGAAGCGAUUAUUCCCACCGGCGUCUGGCGGGGCCGGGGGAGGGCUCGCACCCCAAAGAGACACGGGCCUCCCCGCGCCCACUGCUUUGAUGGCGCCGCCACCGCCAGCCCCCUCCCUCGGGCUCGGGCCCGUAUAACUGGGGCUGGACCCUCGGCGGCGUUGCACUGGGCUCGGAGCCAUGGCCGCAGCAGGGUCCCGCCCGCUCCAGUUCCCCGACGCCGCCUCGUUCCCCGUAUACCGGCCUGCCCACGCCGGCGGGGCCUUCCCGCCACCCCCGGGCCCGGGGUCCGCCCUGCUCCCCGCGGGCCCGGGCUCAGAGCGCCUAGCCCCCGCGCCCUUCGCGGGCUUUCUCGGCAGGGAACCCGGGCCCGCCGCGCCGCCGGCCCCCAGCCUGGGCUCGCCGGCGCCCCCUAAAGGCGCGGCCGCCCCUUCGGUGUCGCAGCGCCGCAAGCGCACGUCGUUCAGCCCCGAGCAGCUGCAGCUUCUGGAGCUUGUCUUCCGCCAGACCAUGUACCCCGACAUCCACUUGCGCGAGCGCCUGGCGGCGCUCACCCUGCUCCCCGAAUCCAGGAUCCAGGUGUGGUUCCAGAACAGGCGUGCCAAGUCCCGGCGUCAGAGCGGGAAGUCCUUCCAGCCUUCCCUGGGGCAGGAGCUGGUCCCCAGCCCCUGCGCUCCUGCAGCGGGAUCCAAGUGUGUGAAGCCCCAGCUGCCCCUGGAGGCGGACGUGAACUGCCUGCCGGAUCCCAGCCGCGUGGGAGGGGGCGUCUCGCACGCGAGCUCCCAAGGCCAGAAUUUCCAGAACUACUCCCCUCUCUCUGCAGACAUCGGACCCAAGCUGGACUCAUGGGAGGAACACAUCUUCUCUGCCUUUGGUAACUUUUGAGGAUUCUGGGAGCGUUCAGGGAAAGCUCCAAGGAGCCACGACUGACAGCGGGGAGACACGUCAGAAUCCGGUCCUCUGACUUCCCCUCAGAGGCCAUCUCUUCCUGGUCUCCCCAGGGAUCAGGACUUAAACUCUCGCUCCAUCUCCCUACCCUAUGCGGAGCACCAAGAUUGCUUUUCUUUGAGCGUUUUAUUUUUUCAACUGUCAAGUAAAAAUUAUAUAUGUAUUUAUGACGUAUGUACGUUUAUGAUGUACAACACGUAUGCAUACACUGUAGAAUGGAUACAUCAACCUAUUUAUUAUAUGCAUUGCCUCACACUGAUUUUUGUUGUGGAAAUACUUAAAAUCUACUUUCUUAGCAAUUCUCACAUAUGGAAUAUAUUGCUAUGGUCAUGAUAUACAAUAGGUCUCUUGAACUUAUGCUUCCUGUAUCACCAAAAUUUGUAUUCUUUGUCCAAUGUCUACCCAACCUCCCCACUCUUACUUUCCAGAAAACUGUGCCCAUUGUCUUCACACUCAAUCAUGGCGCCGUUGGCUUAGCAUCCAGGUUAUUUCAAAGAGUCAGUUUGUAGUAGCUGCCAGUUGUCAUCAAAUUACAGAAAUCUUUGCUCUCCCAGAUAAUCAACACCAUCGUCUUUUAAAAAGUUUAUUAUUAGGGGCUGGUGCUGUGAUGUAGUGGGUAAAGCCACCACCUACAGUACCCGUAUUCCAUAUGGGCACCGGUUCUAGUCCUGGCUGCUUCACUUCCGAUCCAGCUCUCUGCUAUGGCCUGGGAUAGCAGAAGAUGGCUCAACUGUUUGGGCCCCUGCACCCAUGUGGGAGACCCGGAAGAAGCUCCUGGCUUCGGAUAGGUGCAGUUCCAGCUGUUGCAGCCAUUUGGGGAGUGAACCAGUGGGUGGAAGACACCUCUCUCUGCCUCUGCCUCUCUGUAGCUCUGCCUUUCAAAUCAAUCAAUCAAUCUUUUUUUUUUUUUUUAAAGAGUUUGCUAUUUUGUUUCAAAGUCAGAGACAGAGAGAUCUUUCAUCUAUUGUUUCAUUUCCCAAGUGCCAGGAGCCAGGAACUCCAUCUGGGCCUCCCACGUGGGUGCCAGGGACCCAGGUACUUGAGCCAUCACCCGCUGCCUCCCAGCAUUAGCAGAAAUGCUGGAAUCAGAAGCAAAGCUUGGCGGGGCGGGGGGUGUCGGCGCUGUGGCUCAUGUGGUUAAUCCUCCGCCUGCAGCGCUGGCAUCCCAUAUGGACGCCGGGUUCUAGUCCUGGUUGCUCCUCUUCCAGUCCAGCUCUCUGCUGUAGCCCGGGAAGGGAGUGGAGGAUGGCCCAAGUGCUUGGGCCCUGCACCCACAUGGGAGACCAGGAAGGGGCACCUGGCUCCUGGCUUCGGAUUGGCGCAGUGCUGGCCAUAGAGGCCAUUUGGGGGGUGAACCAGCAGAGGGAGGACCUUUCUCUCUGUCUCUCUCUCUCACUGUCUAACUCUGUCAAAUUAAAAAAAAAAAAAAAAAAAAAGGA